AUGGGGAAUCAACAAGCAAGACCACCUACUAGCGUUGGCAUCGUGGAAUGUGCCGUCAACAAGGGCCAACCAAAAGAGGGCGUUGAAACUGGCCCAAAAGCUAUGCGUGAGGGGGGACUCAAUGAAUUUCUCAAUAGCGUGGAAAAAGUACAACUGAGGGAAUAUCAGAAGAUCAGUCAGACGCAAGCUCGAGAAAAGGACCGCAUUUUAAACUGCCUUAAUCAGAAAGCGUUCAUAAAGUCUUCCCAUGAGAUAAGGGACGAAGUGAAAAAGAGCGUUGCCGAGAACGAUAUCACGCUUAUCUUGGGCGGUGAUCACAGUCUUGCCUACGGUAGCAUUCAUGGCCACUUCGACGCCUACCCCAACACGUUUGUCGUUUGGGUGGAUGCCCACUCCGAUAUCAAUACUCCCGCUGUCUCCGCCUCUGGAAACAUCCACGGUAUGCCCCUGGCAUUUUGCGUGAAGGAGACAAGCGAGAAAAUACCGCAACAUGAUGGCUUUGAGACACUCAAGCCUUGCAUGACUGCAAAGAACUUGCUCUACAUCGGCCUCCGUGAUGUCGACACGCCCGAGUUGGAGUAUCUGAAGGAGUACAAUAUUCGUUACUUCAAUAUGCUUGAUGUGAGGGAAAUCGGCAUCGAAAAGGUCGUGGAACUGACCCUUAAGGCAAUUUCUGAACAACAUGUUCCACUACCGCUGGAGAUUCUUCCACUCAUGGCUGUUUUAUAUUCAACCAUUUGUAGAAAGAACUGUAACAUCCACCUCAGUUUUGACAUCGAUGGCCUCGACCCCAAAUUCGCUAACAGUACCGGAACCCCCGUACCUGGCGGACUGACUUUGGACGAAGGCAAACACAUUUGUAGGAGUCUCGCCAUGACAGGUGAACAGUCGCAUUUAAUGUGGAUUAUUUUUUCCUAA